AUGUUUCGCAGGUCGUCAACAUGGAACCUGUACCAAAUCCCUCGACGGCUCGCGGCGGACGUGACGCGCAGGAAUCGUCUCAAAGAUCAUCGGGCGCGGACGGUGCCCCAACGGGAGGCCGCCGAAAUCCUGACUCGAGAGGAUUUGGCUCGAAUUCAGGUCGCAAUGGUUCGAAGAACUUUUCCCGCGGAUCCGGCCGAGGUGGUCGAGGAGGUCGUCAAGGCAAGAAGAGGGAUAUGGGUAGGACUGAAUGGGCACAAACGGCAACGCAACGAUGACGAGCAGGUUGCGAAACGACAACGUCUUGAUGAGGGCAAACCCGAAUUACCCAUCUAUGCUACCAAGUUCAGCGAGGAUGUGUUGGCGGCUGAAGAAAGAAGACCCAAGAAAAAGGUUGCGGUGCUUAUUGGAUAUGCUGGGACAGGAUACAGGGGAAUGCAAUUCACACAUGACCACAAGACCAUCGAAGGCGACUUGUUUCAGGCUUUUGUCGCUGCUGGAGCCAUAUCGAAAGCGAAUGCCGAUGAUCCCAAAAAGUCCUCUUUCGUGCGCUGCGCAAGAACAGACAAGGGUGUCCAUGCCGCUGGCAAUAUCAUCUCUCUAAAGUUGAUAGUUGAAGACGAGGAUAUUGUCAAGAAGAUCAACGACGCUCUGACUCCUCAAAUACGGGUCUGGGGAUUUGAGAGGACCAACAACAGUUUCAGCGCAUAUCAGAUGGUGGACUCGAGGAUAUACGAAUACCUGAUUCCUACCCACAGUUUCUUGCCGCCUCAUCCAAGCAGUUUUCUGGGCAGGGCAUGCGUUGAGUGGGCUGAAAAGAAGGGCGAAACAGAGGCUUACCAGAAAAGACGGGAGGAAGUCGCCGGAUACUGGGAGAAGGUUGAUGAAGAGAAGAUCAAACCUAUACUUGCGGAAUAUGAUGAGGACGUCCGAAGUAUUUUGGAGAAAGCAUUGUGGCUGAAAGGUGACGGUCCUGAUGCAGUGGAGAGUGAGCAGCAAAUCCCGGUGCAUGGUCAGGCAGAGAACAACAUGGGCGAAGAGUCUCCGGCCAUCACGAAUGAGGAGGCCCAACCCGAGCCGACGUCCGAGACAAGAGCAGAUGUCGAGAACGGCACAGCAGAAUCAACGGAGAAAGACUCUUCAGAGGCCAAGCCGUCACGAUCAGUCAUCCUCCACGAAGCAAUGAAACGACUUCGCCAAGUGUACGUCACCGCGAAGCGAUCUUACAGGAUCCCGAAAACUCGCCUCGAUCGAAUCCAGGAGUGCCUCGACUACUACGUGGGAACACGCAACUACCACAACUUCACGGUCCAGAAGACGUUUAAGGACCCAUCCGCAAAGCGAGUAAUCAAAUCGUUCAAGCUGAACACGGAGCCCAUUCUGAUCAAUGGCACCGAAUGGCUGAGCCUAAAGGUUCAUGGGCAGAGUUUCAUGAUGCACCAGAUCCGCAAGAUGGUCGGCAUGGUGGCGCUAGUUGUGCGUUGCGGCUGCGACCCAAAGAGAAUGUAUGAAGCCAUGGGCCCGGACAACAUUUCCAUCCCUAAAGCUCCGAGUUUGGGUUUGUUGCUUGAACGACCCGUGUUCGAUUCGUACAACAAACGCGCAAAGGGCGAGUUGGCGAAAGACGGCAUUGACUUUGACAAGUUCAAGACGGAAAUGGACGCGUUCAAGCAGACUCAGAUCUAUGAGCGGAUGUACCGCGACGAGGAGAAGGAGAAUAUCUUUGGCAACUUCUUCAACCAUGUUGACAGUUUUCCCAACGAGACAUUCUUGUUCGUCACUUCGGGUGGUAUUGAGGCUACAAAGACUCCUAUCUCGGGCGGAAGCGGCGAUAAGGCAAGAGAGCUGGUUAAUGUGGAUAAUGAUGGUGAGAGCGAUGUCGAUGAAACGGUGAAGGACAAUCAUGGUGAUGAGGGAUGA